AUAGAAACUGCCACCAGCAGCGAGAUCCAGACACAGUGCGCCAGGCUGCCAUCAUGAGAAGACCCCACCCGGCCUAGAAUGAGGACCCACAACACCUCCAGUUCUCCAUCUUCUUUGUGCUGUUUCCUGCAAAAUAAAUAUGAAAGACCCGGAGAAAGACUCCCUGUGCUCAGGCCUGAUGUGCGGGCUCGUCUGCCAGCUGUUAUUUGCUCUCACUUCUGGUGUGACCUACACGGCAUAUCCGCUGGCUGGCAGCACCGCCGGGGGCACAUUAAUAACCAUCCUGUUUAAUGACAGCACCAUGGACAACCAGCAUCUGGUCUGUUUUGGAAAUGGACCCCAUCUUGAGGUGCACAUGACAAGUCCACAGAGGCCUCCAGUAAUUUGUGACCUUCUCCUGUCUUACACAUCAUCUAUCCAAUGUAAAACAAGACCGAUGAGACAUCAAGAAAACACCUAUGAGCUACAAGUGUACUACGAUGGACAACCAGUCAUGCAGACGACAGUGGUCAGGUAUCAGUUCUCAACAGCAGAGACUCCGGAAAUUCAUGACGUUGGCCCAUCAGGUGGAGUUCCUGGGGGCAUCAUUGAGCUGUCUGGGAAGAUUAUGACCAGCAACUACGAAGACUACGAUUUCAAUGUUGAGUAUAUUGAAGGUCCUAUAAUUAUGACAUCUGAGCAGGAUGGAUGGACCUCUGUUUGCACAUUGGUGGACAGGAUCUCUGAAAGCAUGUACCCCAUAGAGGUGAAGGGUGAGAUUGGAAGUCUCCGGUGCAGGACUGAGGGCAGUUACAUUGGUUCACAGAACCUCACCUUUUCUAUAUUCAACAAAGGAAAGUCCAUAGUGAGCAGAGACGCCUGGAGCAUCAGUGCAAAACAAGAACUAUUUCUAUAUCAAACAUUCUCAGAAAUACGCUCCAUAUUUCCAGAUGUAGGCAGUGUAGGAGGAGGAACGGAGGUCACCAUCAAAGGAGACUUCUUUAUGGAUCCGGUUAAAGUCAGCAUUGCAGGAAACGUCUGCAGGAUCAAAUCCUUGUCACCACAAGCCGUCAUAUGUACAACUGGCCCGAAUGGACAAUAUGUAAAAGCUCCAUAUCCAGGUAACAGAGGUCUUCUGUAUGAGAUGUGGGCUGGAGCACGAGUUACAGAAAUGGACAAGCUUUCACUUCAGCUACGUUCAGUGGUCCUGAGCGCAAGUUCCCCACCAGAUGUCUUUUUAGGUCCAGGGCAACCUAUCAGAGCAAGACUCAGUGGUUUCUUUGUAUCUCCGGAGACCAAUAACUACACAUUUUGGAUACAAUCAGACAAUGAAGCUCAGCUCUUCAUGAGUCAAUCACAAGGGGAUGACGCUAAGGUUGUAGUUGCCUCCAUACCACAUGGCAUCACCACAUGGAAUGACCACUGGGAUCUGGUCUGGGAUGUACAAUGGAAGCAGAAAUCCUCCAAAAUGGAACUUGUUAGAGGCAAAAAAUAUUACAUAGAAUUGGUACAACGUGGAGCAGGACCUAACGUCAGCAUGAAACUUGGGGUUCAGAUCCACAAUACAUGGAUAAACCCAGACAUGGUAAAUACGUACCAGAGAGAAAAACAUCAAAUAGUGGCACAAUCAUCCUGGGUUCCAGAUAUUCAGAAGCUGACUUUUGGUGGCUUGGGACAAGUCCAGUUUUGUUGGGGCAAUGCAUCCAGUAAAGUCAUUUAUACCAACAGUACGGCCGACCAGAUACAGGCCAUCAUAGAGGACAUGUUCCUAGUGCACUGUGAUUCAGAUUUCUCUCCGGAGGAUUUAUUUUUGUACAGUGGCUUUGAAGAAGAGAUGACUAUAACUAAUACAGAAGGAGAGUGGACCUCAUGGGUGGAGCCAUAUUGUGGAAGAUACAGUGUAUUUAUGCCAAAGUAUAUAUUGAAAAGUUCUCAAACCAUGCAAACCAGAUAUGAAUUAAACAUGUACCACCAUGUAUGUUUUGCGUACAAGGGAUAUCUCGGUGACUAUUUUUUGGUCUCACUGACAUACAAUAGCAGUUUUCUAAAUACAGAGACGAAAAAUCUUACCUGUCAAUGGAAAUUUAAAGAAAACAGCUUGGAAAGGUGGAGUUAUGGAUGUACUAAUCUCUGGAUGUGUCUGCAAGAUUCCUUGGAGGAUUUACAUAGGAAAUCGUCCAUAUAUGUGGAUCAGAUUAUGCUGCUACAGAGAGAAAGUGAAGAGAAGCAGUGGUAUUUUGUUGAUGAAAUUAUUAUCACAAAUCAAAGCACAACAGUUCAUCGUGUGGACCCUAAAAAAGCAUUGCCUGGAGGUCACCACAUCAUAAGCACAAAAAUUACUGGGAGUUACCCAUCCUACAAUUUGACCGCUCUGGUGGCUAACUGUGGUAUCGAUCUUCCAUUUAUAGAGUUAUGUGGAGCUUCAGUAGAGUCCAGUGGAGAUCAUCACCAUGUGCAGAUGCUCAGAAUGAGAAGAGAAGAUAUAAUUCUAGAAGUUACAAGAUUACAAGCAGCAAGUCCACCAAUUGGGGGCACAUUUUCUGUCUAUUUAUCUGGCACUACCAUACCAGGCAUUCCCGUCAACAUCUCUCCUCAACAUCUCAGAGAAUUACUUAUCAGCAAUGCAGAUGACGUCACUUGUCUUUAUGUGAAUGUUAGUGAUUUUACCAUUACUAAAGACGUAAACACUUGUCACAAAAUUGUUUGGACAUUGACAUGGAAAAACAUGACUGGAGAUCUCCCAAAUUUCCUUCAGGUCCAUGCUGAGAAUCUUACAGGCCUGGACUCUUAUAUCAUAGCGAGGGUCGUCUAUGAUGGUGGAGUGCUUAUAUGGCCAAUAUUCGGGGACAUGCUCGCUUCUUCAAAUCUCCUGCCUCAGGUCAUUGUUCAUGUUAAUGAUAUCCCGGCCCAGUGCUCAGGUUCCUGCGCAUUCCAGCAUCUUCUGAAUGUUACUCCUGUAGUGAGAGACAUACAGUAUACUGCAGGUGUCGGAUGUGACUUUGUUGUUAAUAUUUUUGGAUCCGGAUUUUCCGGCAAUGAAUUGGAUAUAAAGAUAAAUCAGACUGACUGUCGUGUUUUGGAGACAAAUAAGACCUGCAUAGUGUGUUGCAUUGACACAUUUCUGCCACUAGGGGUGCACCAACUUUUUGUGGCUGUGAAACCUCAUGGUUUUGCUAUUAAUGGAAGUAGUAGCGAUAUUUUUCUCCAUGUUACUCCUAAACUUUUUGCAGUUUUCCCUUCUGUUAUUCCACAGACUGGAGGCCAACUGGUGACUUUGGAAGGUGUCCGUCUUGAUGGUGUUACAGCAGUGGCUUUUGGGUCUCUACUUUGUCCAUUUUUUGAGAGUACUUCCACUUCAAUCAGAUGCAUAGCACCACCACAGAGGGACCCCGUGUCUGAGAACGUCAGCAUUAAAAUCGAGCAGCAAUGGAUUUCGUUACCAGAUCGGAUCUUGUUUGAUUCUUCCUUAAAUCCAGUGAUUUUAUCCAUUACUCCGAAUACAAGCAGCGCAGCAGAUCACCAGGUUGUCUUCAUUCAUUUGUCAAGUUUUGACAAGACUGCCCAUGUGAAGAUGGAGGUGUUGGUAGACAUGACAAGGGCCAAGAUUGUAAAUGUAACCUCAGAUGGGAUAGAAGUUACCUUGCCUCCGCUCGCCGGUGGAAUUUAUAACGUGUCCGUUAUCAUGAAUGGAAUCUCACUUACAGCCAAUGGGUUUCAGCCAACUAUCUACUAUGUCCUGGAAACGUAUCGCGUGGAACCAUGCUGUGGAUCCUUCCUGGGUGGGACUGUUAUAACCAUCUAUGGUAAAGGACUUAGUAGCAACAUGUCUAUUAUUUCAGUAUAUGUUGGGCAAGAACCAUGUGCUCUGUUGAAGGCCACAGAUGAGAUUACUACCUGCCGGACACCACCUUACCCUUUUCUUAACCUGCAUGAGGAAAACAUCACCGUUCCUCUUAAUGUUUUUAUUGCAAAUAUGACUAGCAAAAAAUCUAUUUCUGAUUCCACUAUCAUUGGCAAUGGGGACCUUACCUUCACUUAUCACAGAAACUUCACACCAACUAUCUCUAAUCUAUCCUGGCAUACAGAAAAUGGAAGCCUAUGGUUGUUCUUUUCGGGAGCCAUUGUGGCAGACUCAAUAUUUCUUUUUCAGACUCUUGAGUCUGAAGUAGAAUAUGAAAUAACCUACAAGAACUUGCAGAACUCAGGUUUUGCAAUCCCACUUGAUCACUUCAGCGUUGGAAAAUACCAUAUAAAGGUAUAUCAGGUGAAUCUUGGAUUUGCCAACAUCACAUUGGAGCAGAAGAUAUUUGAGCUUGAACCUCAAGUGUCCUCCUUAUCUCCUAGAGAAGGCCCAUCGUGUGGUGGGAUUAUUCUUACUCUUUCAGGAUCUUUCUAUAAAACCAGUAAUACUUCAGUUCAUUUGAUGCUCCCAGGGGCCUAUAAAUGCAUUCUUCAGAGUGUCACUAAUGAUACAAUCAGAUGUGUCCUCCAAGUCAACGGCAAUGUCAACAUAUCGAUCCCAAUGGACAUUCAGGUAUCAGUGAUUGUCAAUGGAAUCUCUGGACUCUGUCAACCAAACUGCACCUUUACUUUGCUUCCAGAACAGACUCCUAUAGUUAAUAGAGUUCGUCCAAGACUACAAAGAACGACCUUCUUUCUCUAUAAUUUUGGUGAGAGAUUAAACAAGAACCUCCAUAUUGUGGUGGACAGUAGUCAAGGUUGUUACACUGUAUAUUGGAAUGAAACACUGGUCAUAUGUCAACUAGAAGAUACCAUCUCUCCUGGGACUCACACAGUUGGUUUUCCAUUUGCAGGAGAUAGACAUUCAUGUGUAUCGCAAAAAUUAUAUAAUUUUUUCAUAAAACCUGCAAUAACAAAGUUUUAUCCUCAAUAUUUUGGUAUCAAUGGUGGAGGUUCUUUGACAAUGGAAGGGUCAGGGUUUCAAGGUGGGAACAGUACUCUAGUUUUGUUAGGAAAUGUUCAUCAUUGUAAGAUAACCAUGGCUAAUAAUACUAUAGUCAGAUGUAUCGUCCCACCAGGAAUUGGAACAAUGAGCAUAUCGAUACUAAUGGACAAUGACACCUAUACUGGUGGAGAUGUCUAUCUUGGAGAACUAUAUACACCCAUGGUCCAUUCCGUCCUACAGAAUGGGUUAAUUCUGAGUUUUGAAGUAUCAGGGAUCUCAUCUAUAGACAAUAUUGACUUAAGUGUUGGCAAUUACAAAUGCACCAAUGUUUCUGGAAACUCUUCAUGGGUACAGUGCUCUGCACCUCAACUACCAGCUGGAAAUUACGAGAUCAAAUGUCUUGAUAGCCAAAGAGGUUGGGCUACAGCAAAUACUACUAUUGCAUUUCCAUUUCAGCUCUUCUCAAUAAGGAAUAACAUUGACUGCUUGGUGGACAGAACUCUACAUAUUUCUGGGACUGGCUUUUCUCCCGUAAACACGUUGGUUACGAUCUGUGGUUCUCCCUGUGAAGUGUCUGACAACCUUACAACGGCCACUGAUCUCUACUGCUCCAACUGGAAGCUAAACAGUUCCUUGUCCUUCCUGUGUGACUUGACGUUUGAGGCCGGGGCACCGUGCCAUGAGAAACGCGACACGUUCAUUCACUGUGAUGUAACCGUGAAAGCGGGAGCCCUGCUGGUGACAAGAUCUUUGGCUUAUCUCCAUGUUUGUCAUUGUAACUGGGAGUACGUUGCCCGUCCUGUGCCAACUGACAACGGCGCGGCGCAUGUGGCUCGUAUCACAGGACUGUUUAUCAGCCCUAAAGUGGAAGAAGAUGAAGUUCUCAUCUGUAAUGGCUCCUGUAGCAUCGCCAUAGCAACAGAGGCAGAGAUGGAGUGCGAGGCGCUUAAUCAGCCAAUUACUGCCCAGAUUACUGCGAUACGGAAAAACUGGCUCCAGAACACUCAGGGCGGCAACGUCUCCUUUCACUUCUGCAGCUUGUGGUCGAAGAAUUGCACAUGGCCUUCUGGUUACCCACCACUAGAUGGCGACAAUGUCACAGUAGAGAGAGGCCGGACCCUGCUGCUGGAUGAUCGCACCGCUCUUCUCAACCUGCUUCAUAUCAAAGGGGGUAAACUAAUAUUUCAGGAUUCAGGAUUCGUUCAUCUCCGGGCUCAUUAUAUAAUGAUUUCAGAUGGUGGCGAACUUCAAGUGGGCACCUCUUCUCAACCAUUCAAAGGAAAAGCAAACAUUACCCUGUAUGGGAGCUUAUCUUCUGCUGCAUUAUAUCCCUAUGGGGUAAAGUUUCUCAGUGUUCGGAAUGCAUCUAUUUCCAUACAUGGUUGGGUUCCAAAGUUCAUUUCCACAAACCUGGCAUAUCCAGCUAGAGCCAAUGACACACAGCUGACUUUAAUGGAUCCAGUUGACUGGCGGAUAGGGGAUCAGUUUGUCCUAUGUGGAGGCAAUUUUUACGACCCCUUAAAACAACAAGAAGUUCUGGCCAUCGUGAAUGUCAGUGGUACCCACAUAACUGUCAGUCCACCCCUGAGAUACGCUUAUGAUAUUUUAGAGCAACUCCUCGAGGGGGAGUUUGUCUCUUUAAGGCCUUUGGUGGCCAUGCUAAGCAGAGAUAUAACUAUAGAAGGGAACCUUACAGAUGAGUACACCAGUCGUUACAAGAGAUGCCAGGAAGCAGGUGUCGCAGAGAUAACAGAAUGUUCCUUUGAAAGAAGUGAAAAAACACUUGGAUCUCAAGAUCUGGGGAUGGUAUUUAUCGCUCAAGCUUUGAAGGAUGAGCCAAGUUUGGUCCAAAUCUCAGGAGUUCGCUUCCUGCACGCUGGCCAAGCCUUCACACAGUCAUGCAGUGCCCUCAGUAUUGCUGGCAAUAGACCCAUGUUUGGUUCCUAUGUGCGGAGAAGUGUGGUGGUGGAUUCCUUCGCUCGUGGUAUCAGCCUCUCUGGAAUUUCACAUUUCAUACUGGAAGAAAACAUAUUUUACAAUAUUAAAGGUCACGGUGUGAUUGUAGGAGAACACUUAGAAAAUGGCAUAGAAGUUAAGAGGAAUGUCCUGAUAAGGAUUACGGGAAGGGAUGGUCUCUCAAACAUUGAGACGUUGGCGCCAGCAGCCAUUUAUAUCAGGUCUCCUUCCAACGUCAUUGAGGAAAACACAGUCUGCAGCUCUGGAUAUGGAUAUUUUUACCACCUCGCGCCAAAAGGUCCUUCUCAAGCCCCUUUGGAAACUUUUAGAAAAAAUACAGCUGUGUCCUGUAUGAGAUCAGGCUUUCACCUGCACCCCGACUAUCAUCCGUCCAGCCAGGACAACCUGACCACGUUCCAAGACUUUACAGCCUGGAGGAGCCGCGGAGGAGCUCAGAUCACAAGAUGCGGAAAUGUUUCUUUUAAAGACUUUAAGAUCUUUUCUUGCCAAGAAUUUGGAAUUAAUAUCAGCGAAAGCUCCGGGAAUCCUGAAGUUUCUGGUAGUUUAUUGCUUGGCCAUUUUGAUGGGGAGGAGAGCAGCUGCAUGACUUCUGGUAUAGUUACUCCAAGGCGAUUUCAGGCAGUGAUCACCAACACAACAUUUAUAAACUUUGAUCUGCAGGAGUGCAGUGCCAUCAGAACCUGCUCAGGAUGCAUUAUGGGUCAAGGUGGCUUCACGGUAAAAACACAAAAGCUGAAGUUUGUAAACUCGCCCAAGAAGGUGUUUUUUCCACAUCCUCACUGCUCCCUGAUAAAAGACAUUGACGGCACCAUCUCUGGGUCAGAAGGGAGCCACCUGCUGGUCGACACUGGUAUACUCCCGGACUCCUCCUGCUGGGCUGCAGAUUAUAUCAGUGGCGGCGCAUCCGGCCGUGUGUGCCAAGCAGACAUUACAUUUCACCGCAUGUCCAUCGCCCUUGAACGAGCCCCCAAUGUCAGCUACAACAUCACAAUCCAAAACAGCAGGAAUCAGACGAGUACUGUGAACUAUGUUGAGGACACAUUAUCCAACCUGUAUGGCUGGCAGGCCCUGCUGCUGGAUAAGGACACAUACACCAUCAUAUUCCAUGAUCCCCAUGUUAAGACCACCUUACAGUACUCGGCCACUUUCGGUGAUUUUACUGCGGGCGAUCACCUGUAUAUUCAGCACGUUAACUUACCAAGUGUCCUCAACGUUUCCAUAGCUUGUGGAUCGCUGGUCGGGAAGCCUUGCCAGUCCACUGCUCUGCCCUCUGAAUGCCAUGCCUGUGAUUGGUUCUUUGACAGCAAACGUGGCACCCUUCUCUACCUGGUUGCAGGUGAAGGACAAGUCAGAGUAAAGCUCAUAGCAGAAGAAAUUCAGCCAACGCCUGCACCGAGCCCUGUGCCACAUCCUGUUCUGAGGUGGUCCUCUCCGGAGUCUUGGGCAGGAGUCGGCGAGGGCUGGGGAGGACAUACUUCCAACAUACCACAGGCAGGAGAUGAUGUGAUCAUUCUACCCAACAGGAGCAUAGUCGUUGACAUCGUUCUGCCUCCUCUUGGUGGUCUUUAUGUACUUGGAGCUCUUGAAUUUCCCCCAAACGUCAGCAAUGAGCUGAGUGUUGCUUGUAUCCUCAUAGCAGGUGGACGUCUAAGCAUUGGGACAUCUCAACAGCCUCUACAAAGGGAGCGGAAAAUCCAGAUUUUGCUACGUACAUCUACAGGGGUCCACUGCGAUCGUCUCACUGGUCUACACGUGUCCCCUGGAGUCAUUGGAGUUUACGGAAAGUUGCAGAUUUAUAGUGCUUACCCCAGCAAAUCAUGGACACGUCUUGGGGCAGACAUUGCACCAGGAAAUGAAAUGAUUGCUCUGAAUGGUACCGUAGACUGGAGAGCAGGAGAUAAAAUUGUUUUAAGUUCAUCAUCGUAUGAGGCUCAUCAAGCUGAACUUGUUCAUCUUAGAGAUAUAUAUGGAACUAUUGUUCGGAUAUGGGGCAAGCUAAACUAUUGGCAUUCUGGUACAAUACACUCAAUUGGAGAUACCUGGAAAAUCCCACUGAUGGCAGAGGUUGGCUUGUUGUCUCGCAAUGUCCAGAUUGAUACCGACACACCCUGUUCGGGUAGAAUAAUGGUUGGCCAAUAUACAAAUGUUCUUGGGGAAGAAUACUUGGGAUCUCUUGAACUUUCAAACACUGAAAUUUCUAAUUUUGGAUCCUCAUUGUUCCCAUCAAUAAACUUUAAUAACACAUCACAAAGUUCUUUGAUUUCUUCUUCAAGCAUUCACCACAGCUGUGGAGGGGGUAUAAGAGCUACCAACAGCACAAACAUUUUGCUACAUGCCAAUGUUUUUUAUGACAGCUUUGGACAUGGGAUUCACCUUGAUGGUGGGAGCCAUAUUCUUACUGAUAACCUUCUCAUCUUAAUGAAACAACCUGAAACCCAAGCGGAAUGGGUAACCGGUGUGAAGAUCAAUCCAUCAAGCCACGUUUUCUUGUCUGGUAAUUCAGUGGCAGGAUCUGAACGUAUUGCUUUUCACAUACAAGGCCAAAGGUGUCAUUUUGGAGAAAAGUCUUGGCUGGACAAUGUGGCUCAUUCAAGCCUUCAUGGAAUUCAUAUCUACUGGGAGGACGGCCUUAAGAAUUGUACAAAAAUAUCUGGAUUCUUGUCCUAUAAGAACUAUGAUUAUGGCCUUUUCUUUCAUGUGGAAGGUAGUGCUGUGGUGGACAGUAUAGCGCUUGUAGACAACAGAGUUGGCCUUUUACCAAUUGUUUCCCAAGUAUCUGUGUAUCCUUCCUUAAAGCAAUACAUCUCAAUCAAAAACUCUGUCAUAGUCGCGACAAGCCCAGCAUUUGACUGCCUACGGGACAGAAUUAACCCAAUUUCUGCCAAUGUCACACUAAGGGACCGAGCCCCAUCUUCACCUUACAAAGGGAGAGUGGGCAUUCAUUGGCCCAUGUUUACUGCAAGACCUAGGCAUUGGCCAGAUUACCCAUGGCACAUGCUAGCAGUUGAUGGAGCCAUCUCUGGUAUAAUGAAAUUACAAGAUGUUACAUUUUCUAGAUUUAAGAAAAGCUGCUACAGUGAUGAUAUUGACACUUGCAUUAUGUCUAAUCCUGGAAACAUGGCCAUAACCUGCCCAAUCACAGCCAAGAGGAUUAAGAUGUCUGACAUAAGACCUGACUACAUCUUCUACUUCCAUCCGCCAGACAGAACCACAGGUUGCCCGUUAUCCACUGAAUGUUCUGGUGCACAAGUCGCCCUAUUCAAAGAUCUGGAUGGCAGUUUUCUGGGUCUUGGCCCUCCAACCUCCGUCUUCUCCAAGUCAGAACUUGAUGCUGUAUAUCCCUGUUACAAUGUCGGGAUUUACAAGAAGGAUGAUCUUUGCUCCUACAAAUCUGAAUCUCAUGCUAACAUAUGUCAACAGAUUGACCACACAGUCGUCAUCCUCGAAGUCAUCGCAAAUGUCAUUAAACCCUUCUCACCAGUAUUAUCCAUCACCAACAACUUUAUCCAAGUGUUUGUCAGUAGACAGAACCCUCACAAUCGUUGCUGUGACAAAGCCGACAAAACUUUUUACUCCAUCCUACCAGCUGAAAAGGUUUCUAAAGUGUGUUUCAAUGGCCCAACUCCCAAGGCGAUUAGACUUCGUCUCAAUGCUAGUCAGAACUCUACCAAACUUAUUUUGGCUCUGUUUUAUGAUGUCCCUAAUAGUUUCUCUAUUGUGUGGAGAGGUAGGAAAUACUCAACCAUUCUCUCUGACGCUGAGCCCAAAUUUCAAAGUAGCGACCAGAUUUCAAGUUUUUUCAGUUUCCGAGAGAAUUUGUUAUACGUCAUUCUCCAAGGAGAUGAGCCAGUGGAGGUAUGGACCAAUCUGUCCAUUCACUUAUUUUUGUAUGUGGCUUUGGGAACAAGCCAGCAAUUGCGCAACCAACUGCCAUCACACCUGGCUACAUUUUUGAGCAUUGCGCCAUCUCAGGUAACAGUAGUGCAAAAUUUACAAGGAAAGGCCAAGACAUUAGAGGCCAUGAUGGACAACCACUCUAAGCGUUACCGUCACUGCCCUCCUGUACAUCAGGAAAGACCAAGAGUUAAACGUCACUCUGAGGCACCUCUUAAAGUCGACCACGCCAAACAUGCACAUGAAAACCUACUAGAAGUGCUCAUUGUUGAAAUCCAGGACUUUGUUAUGCCAGAAAAUCUGACCACACCCUCUUCUUUGACCUAUGGUAGCUUGCAGAACAUUGCAACACAUAUUAUUGGUGGACUACAGACUGGAGAACUUGAGAAGGCCGUACCAAUGAAUAUUGACUCAUUGAUGGUGAUUGAGCCAGCUCCUUGGAACAACAGCAGUGAUUCUGCAGGAAGCCAUAGUGCAGUCUACGUCAGGCCACAUGGGAUCCACGUUGAGGUGCAGCCAGUGGGAGGAACGGCUGGAGCACCACUUCUUGUACAGCCCAAGGUUGUCUUCUUAGAUAUCAAGGGUAAUCGCGUUGUGAAUUUAGGACAUUUCUCCAAUCCCUGGAAAGUAUCUGUUUACCUCAAGGACUCUUCAGGAGCACCACUGAAAGGGAGCACUACCGUGGUAAUAGAAGACGGAUGGGGAAACUUUUCCGACUUGGUUGUCUUAAGUUCCGGAUCAAACUGGUGCUUAAUAUUCAAUGUUACAUCACCCGCAGGGGUGGCAUUAUCUGUACUAUCCAAGACAUUCCAAGUCUCCAUUUCAAUGAGUGGCGAUAAAGAGAACAUCUUCCUGUUGGUCGUCCUGAGCUCGGCAGCUUCCGCUAUUGUUUUACUCCUUUUCGUUUGUUUUUUCUUCAAAAGGAAGAAGAUUAAAAGACUAAAAGAAAAUACAGGAAUGAAACCAAGAAGAUGACAAAUAUCGCAACACAGAAGAAUGGAUUGAUGUAGAAAUGGAUGGUAGAGAGUUUCCUGAGCUUAAACAUUCAGGGAAUUGUGACAUUUUUAACAUGUUCCUGACUGGAGUAUGGAAAAUGUGGUAACUUGAUGCACUUGAGUGUAAGACCAUGUUGCCUUGAGAAACCUGGGCUGAAGCUACUUGCACGGCUUGAUCCUGUAGAUCUCAUAACCAUUGAACUACAUAUUUUUCAUCUGUUUCCUUGGUUGGUAAAGAGGAAUGAGUUGUACAUUCCAUUUAAGAAGAUUUAUGUUACUGGAAGAUGCCCACAUACUAUAAAUCUUAAUACCUCCUUUAGAUAAUUUUCUCACUUAAUACCUAUCUCCUCAAUUUGGGAAUGUCCAUUAUAGAUCCAUGUAUUAUAGGAUUGAUUGCCCAUCACCGAUAAUUGUCCAUUAUAGUGGAAAAUAUAAAUAUAAAGCCUGUAGAUAUCGUUUUAUGACUCUACUCUGUACAGAUUUUCUAAGAAGAUUCCUUGGAUGUUGAGGGUAAACCCAAUUACCUGUGUGCAAAUGUGUAGCUUUAUGGCCAUCGUUGUUAUGACCAGAGGGAAAACACUACUCACUAUAGAAGCACUACUCACUAUAGGGAAUAAACCAAUAACUCGCUCCCUCCAAGGAAACUGGGAGCUCCUUGAUAGGGAAGACUUGAUUCCACAAGCCUUAGGAGGAGAAUUGUUAGCCUGGCUCUUCGGUUUAUUGCUCUGUCUACAUAGGUGGACAUGAAUGAGUUUAGGACCUGUAUAUUAAAAAUAUGCAGCCCAAUGUGUGAUGAGGGGAUUGCAUAGAUACCAUGGCCCUUCCCACUUCAUUGAGGGUUUCAAAAACAUACAGAAUUGAUUUUGAAUCCUUAGCUACGUUAGAGGUAGUGGAGAUCAGGACACAUUUGUUCUUUACACUUUGAUACCUACUGUGUGUGUAUCCAACUACUUUGGGUCUACAACUCGUCCAUAGAUAAGGUUACCAAACUCUGCAGCCAUAUUCUCCCUUAUUGGGCCUCUCCAUCCUAAUAA